UUGCAGCAGAGAUGGAUGACGGUGACGAGCCUAGUAUAGUCCUCUCUCACAACACCUCUUCAGGCUCUAAGUCGGGCGGGGACAAGAUGUUUUCCUUAAAGAAGUGGAAUGCCGUAGCCAUGUGGAGCUGGGACGUUGAAUGUGAUACUUGUGCCAUUUGCCGGGUGCAGGUGAUGGACGCUUGUCUCCGAUGCCAGGCAGAAAACAAACAGGAGGACUGUGUUGUUGUGUGGGGAGAGUGCAACCACUCCUUCCAUAACUGCUGCAUGUCUCUUUGGGUGAAGCAGAACAAUCGCUGUCCCCUCUGCCAGCAGGACUGGGUGGUUCAGAGAAUCGGCAAAUGAGCUUCACCUCCAGGCAGUCUGAUUCUCAGACCACACCUGUAUGCACCUGAAAGUGGUGACAGACUUGACAAUGAUCGUUACAGAGCCACUGUCUACAACUCCUACUCCUCCUACAUAUGAUUGCAUGUUUCAGUACUCUGAGUGUCGAAGGAGGAUGGUGGCUAAGAUAAAUCCCUGCAGAAUCCUUGGUCACAGAUUGGUUGAUCUGACCUGGAAGGAUGAAGAGUCAUGAAGAGACAGAAGAAAGUUGAUGCAGUGUUUGGUCAUAUGUGAGCUUUACAUUAUUAUUUGUGGUGGUGUUUGGCACAUCUUGAAUAUGUGACUCUCUUUUUAAAAAUAAUAAAAAAAAGUGUA